CCUCUGUCAGUGGCUGUGUGUCUAGGAGCAAGUCAUAUGACUAUGACACUGAUGGAGUCAGGUUAGCGGAGCUAGGUGUGUAUUUGGAGUAUUGUGCCAGGUCCUAGGAUGCCGUGCGAAGGGAAUUAAUGUCACCCGCGUCGCGGUCCUUCCAUCUAAAAUGCCACCCACUCUGUUCCAGAAGCUCUUCAACAAACGCAAUGGGCUGGUGUCCCCCAACAGAGAUACCAGGGAGGAUUACGUCUUUAGCUGGCCUUCACCAGAAUUUGAUCCAAGCCAGAUCCGAUUAAUAGUUUACCAGGACUGUGAAAAACGAGGGCGAAAUGUCUUGUUUGAUUCUAGUGCCAAGCGCAAGACAGAAGAACUGUCUGUAUCGAAACUCGUGAGCGAUGCUCAGGUCAGAGUGUUUGGGAAAUGUUGCCAGCUGAGACCUGGAGGGGACAGUUCAACGUCUUUGGACAGUACAGCAAAUUCUAUGACUUCAGACACAAAAGAACAAUGCCCAAAAUACCAGAGUUCUCGGUGCCCAGCUGAUGCCAAUAUGCUUGGGGAGAUGAUGUUUGGUUCUGUAGCUAUGAGUUAUACUGGUUCCACUUUGAAAAUCCAUCAGAUACGAUCGCCUCCUCAGCUGAUGCUUAGCAAAGUGUUUACUGCACGAACUGGAAGCAGUAUCUAUGGCAGUCUUAACACGUUGCAAGAUAGCCUUGAAUAUAUUAACCAAGACAACAACACUAUAAAGGCAGACAACAGCAGCAUUAUGAAUGGUCCUCCUGGUAAACAUAUUCACAGUAAUCCAAUGGACAUGCCUGGUCGGGAUGAUUAAAACGACGACAGGGACAGUGGUAUAGCAAGAAUCUGGCCUCUCUGAGCAGCCUUCUCAUCACUCCCAUUUCCCUCACCGGGCCUCUUCACUAAACAGCAGUUGUGGCCUAGCAGCUACCAGCGCCUGCGUCGCAGUCAAACAACCAGCUUGGAGAAUGGAGUUUUUCCCUGAUGGUCUGUAGAAGAAAGUUUCAUAUGUUCUGAUGAAGGCAGUGGUUCCAACCUGGGAAUUGUCCGAAAGAAGAAAAUUGCCAUUGGAGUUAAUUUUUCAUUGUCCAAGGAUGAGGAAGAAAAUGCCAAGUUCCAUGACUUACUUCUUUGCUCACUUCCCCACUUUUUUGAAAGUCUCAUGAUCAAGCUGAAAAGUGCAAUAGAGCAGGCAAUGAAAAUGAGUCGAAGGAGCAGCAUAGCCAGCCAGAGAAGUUUGGCAUAUAACAAAAUUGUAGAUGCCCUAAAUGAUUUCAGAACAAUUAUCUGUAAUCUGUACACAAUGCCAAGGAUUUCUGAGCCUGUAUGGCUUACUAUGAUGUCUGGGGCACCUGAAAAAAAUCACCUCUGUCAAUGCUUUAUGAAGGAGUUUGCCUUUCUAAUGGAAUACACAUCAAAAAGCCAGUUUCUACCUGCCCUUCUCACUGCUGUUCUCACAAACCAUCUUGCCUGGGUUCCUACAGUGAUGCCCAAUGGACAACCACCUAUUAAAAUAUUCCUUGAGAAGCAUUCAUCACAAAGUGUGAACUUGCUGGCAAAGACUCACCCAUAUAACCCACUAUGGGCACAGUUGGGAGACUUAUAUGGGGCUAUUGGAUCUCCGGUGAGAUCGUCAAAGACGGUGGUUAUCGGUAAACGUCAAGAUCUCGUGCAGAGGCUGUUGUAUUUUCUCACUUAUUUUAUCAGGUGCUCUGAACUCCAAGAGACACAUCUUCUGGAAAAUGGAGAAGAUGAGGCAAUUGUUAUGCCUGGCACGGUCAUAACCACCAUGCUACAGAAAGGGGAGGUAGAGGAAUCUGAUUAUGUUCUUAUCACUAUGCAUAAGAAUAAUGGAUGCUUGUUAACUAGAGACUCAGAUGAAUCAAAACCUCCUGAAAAUGAAUGUCAGUGUUGCAAAGGCCCACUCAGUGACCAGCAAACUACAAAAAAUGCUGACUCCAACCAAGAUAAAGUUUCCUACAGUCCUAAAGGGUUGCUGGAAACAACUUCAGAGGAUAGUAAUGCCGUUCCUUCCACUGCCUGCCAAGAAGAAACUGCAUAUGUUAAACUCUACAAAGAUAAACCAGGUCAUUGCCUGGAUACUAAGAUAGAGACUGUAGUUAGCACAGGAUCAGCUCCAGUGGAAAAAUGUGUCUCUGCCGUAGUGGGGCUGGAACCAGCAACUGAAGUGAAGAAUGGUGAGGAAUUACUGGAUUCUGAAAGCCUUUCUGUCAAAGGGAUGAGAGCAAAUGAAACAUCCAUAGAGAAAAAGCCUCCAGAUAAGACCGUUUCUUCAGCAAUGCCUUGUGGUGCUGGCCAUCCUAUGAGCAAGGUGACCUUUCUGAUUGGUGAUUCCAUGUCACCUGAUUCAGAUACAGAGACUAGAAGCCAAGCUGUAGCAAAUCAGAUUACUAAACACCAAGAUAAACACAUAUCUUUGGAACUGAUUAAUGAAGUGCAACAAACUGCUGAGGACCAAAAAACUGUUGUUGGGGUGAAUGAAAAACUUUCUAGAGUGACACACAAACUUCAAAACUGGAAUCUAUUUCAUCCAGACAGCCUUAGCAUGUUUGAUGAGUAUUUUCCUGAUGAUGGAUCUAUUGUAGCCAGGACUAUUGAUGAUGUAAUCUCGGGUGUUAAAAAAAGACCUGACAGUGACAGUAGUUUGAGAUUUUCUAAUACCACAAAUGAUAAACCGGCUUGUAAUAUUAAAAAUUCUGUUCCCCAGAAUUUAUGUAAAAACUGCUUUGCAGAGCAGGACCAAAGAGACAAAGUCUCUGUUUGUGUCCCCCAUGGGGAUAAAGAUAACGCUGAUAAAAAAGUUGCUUUGGGAGCUGACUGGGACAUUCCAAGAAAUGAGAGUUCAGAUAGUGCCCUUGGUGACAGCGAAAGUGAGGACACAGGCCAUGAGCUUCCCCGGCUGAGCAUCAGUUUUUAUGAUGCUGAGCAAGAAGACUGGUUAGAGGAGGAAGAAAUUUCUUUUCCAGGGUCAAAACUGGCUGAAGUAAACUCUGUUAAACCUAAUAUUGCUAAUUUUGGAAGAUCUCUCUUGGCUGGUUACUGCUCUUCCUAUGUACCAGAUUUUGUUCUGCAAGGUCUAGGGAGUGAGGAUAAGUUAAGACAGUGUUUGAUGUCUGAUUUAGCACAUGCUGUGCAGCAUUCAGUAUUGGAUGAGCCAAUUGCAGAGGCUGUCUGCAUUGUAGCAGAUACGGAUAAGUGGUCAGUACAAGUGGCGAGUAGCCAGAGACGGACAACAGAUAACAAGUUGGGCAAAGAAGUUCUGGUAUCGAGUCUUGUCUCCAAUCUUCUUCAUUCCACUCUCCAGCUUUAUAAACACAAUUUGUCUGCAAACUUUUGUAUCAUGCACUUAGAAGAUCGACUGCAGGAGCUUUACUUCAAAAGCAAAAUGCUUUCUGAAUAUCUGAAAGGUCAGACAAGAGUGCACGUGAAAGAACUGAGCAUGGUGUUGGGAAUUGAAUCCAGUGACCUUCCACUGCUGGCUGCCAUCGCCAGUACACACUCUCCAUAUGUUGCACAGAUCCUUCUGUAAAGAAAGUGCUUCCACUAAAUGACUGUAUGUCUUUAAAUUCAUACAGUGCAAAUACAUUGAACAUAUUAUUGCACAUCUUCCUGCAUUAACCGUUGGCAGUGGAACAAACUUUGUCUAUGUUCAAAACAGCAGCAAAACCCACACAAAUAUAAAACUGCUUAGAUGAAGACUUAACAGAUGAGGAACUGUGAUUUGUAGCCUAUUAAUUACAAACGGAGCAUAAACAGCACCACAAGAAACAAACUGUACUCAUUUUUAAGAGUUAUAUUAUUCGUGGGUUCUUUUGAUAUUUUUUUUAAUCUUAUUUUUCAUGACUCUGAAGGAAUAAUGAUACAGAAUCACUGAAAUAUGGACAAUUUCAUUGUGUAAAUAAUUCUCUAGGCUGAAAUGAACAAACACAGAGGACAACUGCUUGGAUUGUACAUAUGUAAAUGUAGCAUUAUUUCACUCUACCAGCCUAACCUAUCCCUGGAUAUUAUUGUAUAAAAAUGAGUUCUCUGUAUUGGUAUGAAUAUAAAAAAUAUAUAUAUUAAAAAAAAAAAUAAAAAAAAACAUAUAACAUCUGUAAAUAAGUUAAAUAAAUCUUAGCAAAUGGUCACUGUUUGCUUAAAUAAUUUAACCAUUA